CAAUUUAAUGCAUUUAGAAAAGAUUGAUAUUUGGAUAUAAUCAAAAUACAAAAUUAAUACAAAAUGAAGAGGUGUUUCAAAAGGGUGGAUGACGGACAGGGGAUACGAUUGUGGAACUCCGUUUAUUAAUAAACCCUGGUAACUGUAACUUUAGCUCAAUUUCCCUCAGAUUUGGGCCUAAUUUUCACUCAUUUAUACUCGGAUAUUCUAACUUGAUCCUGGUCCUAUUUCCAAAGAGGCUCAGCUCGAUAAGUAUGACAACGUAUAAAGUAGUCUUAAUUAUUCAUUUGUUUUCUGUUUCGUUUUAUUUAGCGCUUUAAAAUAUUUACACGUAGUUUAAGCGCUUUAUUAUUAUUCCUUAUUAUCACUUAAAAGUUAUUACUUAUUAUUAAUUAUUAUCAUCAUCAUUAUUAUUGAUAACUGGAACCUCCGUCUAACACGAAUUUUUUUUUUCUUUUGGCAUAUUUUAUGAAAUCAGGAGGGAACGGACCAUUAAAGAAGUGAAGAGAGCUGAGCUGGUUUCGGUCGUGCAUGUGUUUUUAAUUAUCUGGUCUUAGGUUAGCAACUUUGGUUUCGAUAUGAAAGCGCAAGGUGUUUCCAGGACGAUAUAUUUUUUUCCGCGCGCUCUUGCGCAACAAACGUAGGAAUCUGAAUGUAGAUUUCGCCAUGUCUAUUCUGCUGUGCGAUGGAUCCUUCAAGAAACUCGUCGGCGCAACAUCCCGACGCCUGGCGAGCGCGUAGUACAGCAAGAUACCAAUUCCAGCCAAGCACUGAAUCCAAGGCCAAAAAGUCCUGAGUCUGCGAUGUCAUUUUCUGCUAAGGUCAGCGCAUGGUUGGAGACCAUGUCCAACGAACAAGAUGACAAAACGAUAGAUGACGUCCAAGAUUUACAAAAGCCUAACGCUGGUACAGCCGCGGGCUCAUUACAUCUUGAGCCAAUCACAACAGACUCGAGCCCGCGUAACAUCGACUCAGCGUUUGUCCGUAAGACGAUUCCUCCGAUUGUAUCCGGGAGCAUGGGGAGCAGAGAGGCCUGGGGCGACAAAAAAGCCCGGUCCGGCAAAGACGAUGUCUCAACACGAAGUCGGCUAUCUGGAAACGCUGAAGAUAUCUUGGCCACAGUAGCAACAGUAACAGCCAGCACACCGUCACUUAGCAACGACGACUUGCCGGAACCGGAAGCUAUCGUAGAAGGUCGCGUGACCCCACGUGACGUGGAUACCGUCAUCACGGGAGGGGAGGGGAGUAAGGUCUCUUCUCUCUUUAAGCAGAAACUCUUCGUAGGAGAAGGUCAAGAUGCACAUGACAAGACGACAGUACCAUCAUGCGGUGACGGAGAGAAAUCAGGUAGCGCUGCCAAGACAUUUGGUACAAUCACAUCUCUAAUACAAUGGAAAAGGAAGUACAAGCAAGGUGCCGAGCGACGAAGGGACACCAUUGCAAUAGACGCCAGACACGAGUCCGUUAUGAAAGGAAUCGAAAACCAAAUCAAAGUCGAGCUGCCCCACUCCCUUAGUUAUGCUAUCAAAGAAGAAGUUCUACCCAUGCUGCAUGACAACGUACAAGCCUAUAAAUCUGAAGUUGGGAGAAACCACCGACUUACCAGGCAAGCACAAGAAAAGCUAGAAGAUCUCACAGGACAGCUUAGAAACCACGCCGGGUCAGACAGUAGACUUGAUAGCGAGUAAUGCUGAGUCUAUAAUUAGCAGAAAGAGAAAGUACAUAAUGUAAAGAAAUCUUUUGAGGGAUGUAGAUAUAGCGUGUAGUAUGGUAAUAAAAUUAAAUGUGUUAAUUUUCUUUAUUAAAAUCGUAGCCAUGAUUCGUACAAUAAAAA